GCUGCUGAUUCUGCCGCUCCCAUUGGUCAGUGGGAGUGAUCGGGUUAGGUUGCACUCUGAGCUGUCAGUGUCGCGCUUUCCCUCCAGGUGUGGGCCCUUGGUGAUGGCGUCUGGUUGUCGCAGAGUCUGGGUCGCUUGGCAGAGGUUGUUGACAGAGUGAGCCCCUGUGGCACCGAGAGCUGGACUCCGACAGGCUCGUCCUGGGCCGGCCCCGUGUUGUUUGGAUGCGCUGAGGGAAUAUGGCCACCAUGGAGAAGCUGAUGAGGGCGUUUGAGUCUCUUAAGUCCUUUCAGCAGCAGCAAGUACCGGUGGUACCCGAAGAGCCGGCACCCAAAGCGAAGAAAGAUCCUUCAACAAACAAGAAAGAUCGUGUCAAUCACUGUCUAACAAUUUGUGAAAACAUUGUUGCACAGUCUUUAAGGAAUUCUCCCGAGUUCCAGAAGCUGCUGGGUAUUGCCAUGGAGCUGUUCCUACUGUGCAGCGAUGACGCAGAGUCUGAUGUGCGGAUGGUUGCUGAUGAAUGCCUCAAUAAAGUGGUGAAGGCUUUAAUGGACUCUAAUCUCCCGAGGCUGCAGUUAGAACUUUACAAGGAAAUUAAAAAGAAUGGUGCACCACGAAGCCUGCGAGCUGCUCUCUGGAGAUUUGCUGAGCUUGCUCACCUGGUUCGGCCCCAGAAAUGCAGACCAUACCUGGUAAAUCUGCUUCCCUGCCUCACAAGAAUAAGCAAACGACACGAGGAGUCUGUGCAGGAGACUCUAGCUGCUGCUAUCCCCAAGAUCAUGGCCGCCUUUGGCAACUUUGCAAAUGACAAUGAAAUCAAGGUUCUUCUGAAAGCAUUUAUAGCAAAUCUGAAAUCUAGUUCUCCCGCUAUCCGCCGAACAGCAGCUGGUUCUGCAGUGAGCAUCUGUCUGCAUUCUCGAAGAACUCAGUACUUCUACACAUGGCUUCUCAACGUGCUCUUGGGUCUUCUUAUCCCUGUUGAGGAUGAACACCCAACGCUUUUAAUUCUGGGAGUUUUACUAACACUACGGUACCUGAUGCCACUACUACAACAGCAGGUGAAAGACACAAGUCUGAAAGGCAGCUUCGGUGUAACACAGAAAGAGGCGGACAUUUCUCCUUCUGCCGAGCAGCUCAUACAGAUUUAUGAGUUGACCUUACAUUAUACGCAACACAGGGAUCACAAUGUUGUGACUGGUGCUCUGGAGUUACUACAGCAGAUAUUUAGAACACCACCCCUGGACCUUCUCCAUGUACUGACCACACCUGGCAGUAUAGAGCAGGUCAGUGUUUGCAGAGAUGAGCCAUACAGCCGGAGCCGGAGUGGGAGUAUAGUGGAAUUAAUAGAGGCUGUGUUGCCCGAGUUUACCAGGUCUUCUUGUGUAGCUGGUGGGAGUUCUACCUGCAGCCCUGUAAUUGCAAGGAAGCAAAAAGGCAAAAUACAUUUGGGAGAAGAGGAAGGGUUAGAUGAUGAUUUAGAAGGAAAAUCUGAUGCCCCUGCUACACCUUUUGCUGCUACAAAGAAUGAAGUCCCUUCUGAUGUGACCAACCUCUCUUCGACAGCACCUGGUGCCAAUCUUGAAGGCGCAUCUCAUGACAUCAUCACGGAGCAGCCACGAUCCCAGCACACACUGCAGUCAGACUCCGUGGAUAUAAGCAGUUCGGACUUGGCUAGCACCGUCACUGAAGGGGAUGAAGAGGACAUUCUAAGUCAUAGUUCCAGCCAAAUCAGCACUGUUCAGUCUGAUACAAAUAUGGAACUGAAUGAGGGAACCACCCAGGCUUCCUCCCCAGUGAGCGAUAGCUCGCAAACCACCACAGAAGGUCCAGACUCUGCUGUGACCCCUUCGGACAGUUCUGAAAUUGUUUUAGAUGCUGCUGAAAGCCAGUAUUCCGGGAUGCAGAUUGGGCAGCUGCAAGAUGAGGAGGAUGAAGGAGCUAUUCUUCACCAAGAAGAAGCCGGGGAACAUUUUGGGAGUUCUUCCUUAGGUUUAAAUCAAACUCAUCUUUUAAAAACCAUGGGCCAUAGCCGACAGUCCUCUGACAGUAGCGUGGAGCGCUUUGUACCCAAGGAGGAACCUGUGGAUCCUGGCGAUCUGGAAAACAAACCUUCAAGAAUAAAGGGAGAUAUUGGGCACUAUAUGGAUAAAGAUGCUGCUCCUUUAAUUCACUGCGUACGACUCCUGUCAGCUUCCUUUCUGCUCACUGGACAGAAAAGUGUGCUUGUUCCAGACAGAGACGUACGGGUCAGUGUAAAAGCCUUGGCUGUCAGUUGUGUUGGGGCAGCUGUUGCUUUGUUACCAGAAUCUUUCUUCAGCAAACUGUACAAACUGCCCACUGAAACUACUGAAUCUCAAGAAAUACAGUAUGUUUCAGAUAUUCUUAAUUAUAUUAACCACGGAGAUCCUCAGGUUAGAGGAGCUACAGCAAUCCUUUCCGGGACCAUUGUCUUUUCUGUGCUUAGUAAAGCACACUUUGAAGCAGAAACCUGGAUUUCAAAGGUUAAAGCCAAUACAGGCAAUACGUUUUCUGUGCAAGAUUGCAUUCCAUUACUGCAAAAAUCCCUGAAGGAUGAAUCUUCUGUGACAUGCAAGUUGGCUUGUAUGGCUGUCAGGCACUGCAUAAUGACUCUGUGCUGCAGCACAUACAGUGAGCUGGGAUUGCAACUCAUUAUUGAUCUGCUCACCCUGAAGAACAGCUCCUACUGGCUUGUCAGAACCGAGCUUUUGGAAACUCUCGCAGAGAUUGAUUUUAGAUUAGUCAAUUUUAUGGAAGCAAGAACUGAAAAUCUGCACAGAGGACUUCAUUAUUACACUGGGUUGUUGCAUCUUCAGGAUCGGGUACUGAACAAUGUUAUCAUCAGCCUUCUUGGGGAUGACGAUGCCAGAGUUAGACAUGUAGCAGCAGCUUCCUUAGCAAGGCUUGUGCCCAAAUUGUUUUACAAUUGCGACCAGGUCCAGGCCGAUCCUGUUGUAGCAGCAGCAAGAGACCAAAGCAGUAUUUAUCUUAAACUUCUCAUGCAUGAGACCCAACCUCCAUCCCACUUUGCAGUCAGCACUAUCACAAGGAUCUACAGAGGAUACAAUAUACAGCAAAGCCCGACUGAUAUCUCCAUGGAAAACAAUAUUUCUAAAGUCAUCACUGCUGUCUCCCAUGCACUAACCACAUCGACCACGCGUGCACUUACGUUUGGUUGCUGUGAGGCGUUGUGCCUCCUAUCAAUAACCUAUCCAGUGUGCACUUGGAGCAUAGGAUGGCACUGUGGGUAUGUAACCAGUACCAGUGCUCAAACCUCCCGAAUACAGGUUUACAAGAACCGUGGACGUUCCUUUAGCAUCUCACAACAAAGCCCAUCAGAAGAACCCAGGAAAAGCUGCACUGCUGGAAUGUCUAGUAUGAUUCUCUCUCUGCUCUCCUCUGCCUGGUUUCCUUUAGACCUUUCAGCACAUCAGGAUGCCUUGGUACUGGUCGGAAAUCUGCUAGCAGCUACUGCACCCAAAUCAUUGAAAAAUCCCUGGACGUCGGAAGAGGAAACAAGCCAGGGGGCAAAUAAACAAGAGGAGCCUUGGCCAGCUCUGGGUGACAGGGCAGUGGUGGGCAUGGUGGAUCAACUCUUCAUUCACUUACUGAAGGCAAUAAACAUAUGUGCUCAUGUGAUUGAUGAUAUUACUCCUGGACCAGUUGUUAAGGCUACUCUUCCCUCUCUUACCAAUCCGCCAUCCUUAAGCCCAAUCCGCCGGAAGGGAAAGGAAAGAGAUACUGCUGAGCAAGCUGCUGUUCCAUUAAGCCCAAAAAAAUCUGGUGAAGCCACCCCAGCUUCCCGUCAAACAGAGGCUUCAGGUCCUGCACAGACAAGCAAAUCUAUUGGUAGUUUCUACCAUCUCCCAUCGUAUCUCAAAUUAUAUGAUGUGUUGAAAGCUACGUACGCCAACUAUAAGGUAUCAUUAGAUCUGCAAAAUAAUAAUGAGAAGUUUGGGGGUUUUCUGCGCUCAGCUCUGGAUGUUCUGUCCCAAAUCUUGGAGCUUGCCACCCUCACAGAUAUUGCGAAGUGUGUUGAAGAAAUAUUGGGAUAUCUGAAGUCCUGCUUCAGUCGGGAACCAGUAAUGGCAACUGUUUGUGUCCAGCAACUGCUGAAAACCCUUUUUGGAACCAACUUGGCUUCUCAGUUCGAGGCAAUGUCAUCAAACCCCAGUAAAUGUCAAGGGAAAGCUCAACGCCUGGGCUCAUCCAACCUUCGCCCAGGGCUGUACCAUUACUGCUUCAUGGCGCCGUACACCCAUUUCACUCAGGCACUGGCAGAUGCAAGUCUAAGAAACAUGGUGCAGGCUGACCAAGAACAGGACACAUCAGGGUGGUUUGAUGUCCUUCAGAAGGUUUCCUCUCAGCUGAAAAACAGCAUCAGCAAUGUCACUAAGCAUCGAACAGACAAGAAUGCGAUCCAUAAUCACAUCCGUCUGUUUGAGCCUUUGGUUAUAAAAGCCCUGAAGCAGUAUACAACAACCACCUCAGUUCAGCUUCAAAGGCAAGUUCUGGAUCUCUUGGCACAACUGGUCCAGCUCCGCGUCAACUAUUGCCUCCUUGACUCUGAUCAAGUGUUUAUUGGAUUUGUGUUGAAGCAGUUUGAAUACAUUGAAGUGGGCCAGUUCAGGGAAUCGGAAGCCAUCAUUCCCAAUGUUUUCUUCUUCUUGGUACUUUUGUCAUAUGAGCGUUACCACUCAAAGCAGAUCAUUGGGAUUCCCAAAAUCAUCCAGCUGUGUGACGGCAUCAUGGCUAGUGGGAGGAAAGCAGUAACACAUGCCAUCCCUGCUCUUCAGCCCAUCGUCCAUGAUUUAUUUGUACUGAGGGGAGCAAACAAAGCCGAUGCUGGGAAAGAGCUUGAAACCCAGAAGGAGGUGGUGGUAUCGAUGCUUCUGAGGCUUAUUCAGUACCAUCAGGUGCUGGAAAUGUUCAUCUUGGUUCUGCAGCAGUGCCACAAAGAGAACGAAGACAAAUGGAAAAGGCUGUCGCGGCAGAUUGCAGAUGUCAUUCUACCAAUGCUGUCAAAGCAGCAGAUGCAUAUAGAUUCUCAUGAUGCUCUCGGCGUUAUAAAUACUUUAUUCGAAACUUUGGCCCCUUCAGCUCUUCGGCCGGUAGACAUGCUAUUAAGAAGUAUGUUUGUCGUACCGUGCACUAUGGCCUCAGUGAGCACCGUCCAGCUGUGGAUAUCAGGGAUCCUGGCUAUUCUCAGAGUUCUCAUCUCUCAGUCCACAGAGGAUAUUGUUCUGUCUCGUAUACAGGAGCUCUCCUUGUCGCCAAAGCUUAUCUGCUGUCAGAAUAUCAUGAACCUUAGGGAAGGGGAUAAUCCUUUACCUCCAGAAGUUUAUCCUGAGCAGAGUGAGAAUAAGCCGGCCCCUGAGGAAACCUUCUCUCGGUUCCUGCUUCAGUUGGUGGGCAUCCUUUUGGAGGACAUUGUGUACAAGGAGCUAAAGGUGGAUUUGAGUGAGCAGCAGCACACUUUCUAUUGCCAACAGCUGGGCACCUUACUCAUGUGCUUGAUUCACAUCUUCAAAUCAGGCACAUUCCGGCGCAUCACAAAUGCAGCAAUGAGGCUUUUCAAAGGAGAUGGUAGUAAUGGCAGCUUCUACACCUUAGAGAGCCUGAAUGGCCUUGUGGAAUCUAUGUUUCCCACUCAUCCAUCUCUCGUGCUCCUUUGGUGCCAGUUCCUGCUCCUUAUCAACUAUACCAACUACAGCUGGUGGUCUGAAGUGCACCAAACUCCCAAAAGGAACAGCUUGUCCAGCACCAAACUGCUGAGCCCUCAUAUGUCAACAGAGAGUGAUGAUCCAGAUCUGACUUCCAAACCUGGCAUUUGUAAUAGGGAAAUAGUGCGCAGGGGAGCGCUGAUUCUGUUUUGUGAUUAUGUGUGCCAGAAUCUGCAUGACUCGGAACAUCUGACCUGGCUCAUAGUCAAUCACGUCCAGGAUCUAAUAAAUCUCUCGCAUGAACCUCCAGUUCAGGACUUCAUCAGUGCAAUCCACAGAAAUUCUGCCGCCAGUGGCCUCUUCAUUCAAGCCAUCCAGUCCCGCUGUGAAAACCUGGCAGCACCGACCUCUCUAAAGAAAACACUGCAGUGCUUGGAAGGGAUCCAUCUCAGUCAGUCCGGCGCAGUGUUGUUGCUGUACAUUGACAAGCUGCUCUGUACUCCUUUCCGUGUGCUGGCUCGCAUGGUAGACACGUUAGCUUGUCGACGAGUGGAAAUGCUCUUGGCUGCUACUCCUCAGAAUAGCAUUUCUCAGUUGCCGAUGGAAGAACUGGAUAGGAUGCAGGAGUAUUUACAGAGCAGUGGGUUAGCACAAAGACACCAAAGACUUUAUUCUCUGCUGGACAGAUUUCGGAUGACCGUAGCACCAGAUACAGUUAGCCCCUUACCUUCGGUAACUUCACACCCGCUGGACGGGGAAAAUCAGGCAACGCUGGAGACGUUGGACCCUGAUAAGGAAUGGUACGUGUCUCUGGUUCGAUCCCAGUGCUUUACCCAUUCAGAUUCUGCUCUGCUGGAAGGAGCAGAACUGGUGAAUAAAAUCCCUGCGGCAGAACGGCACUCCUUCAUGACCAGCAAGAAUUUCAAUGUGAGCCUGCUCGCUCCCUGCUUAGCCCUGGGUGUACACCAAAUCUCAGGAGAACAGGACAGCUCAUUCUUUAAGACAACACUGACAGUGAUUGUGGAUCUCCUAUCUGGCAGUGUGGAGCAGCUACCAGCAGGACAUCAGGUUCUGCAGCCUCUGCAGCAGGUGGAAAGCACUGCCUACUGGGAGAAGCUCAGCCUUCUGUUUGGUGACAGCAGCGUGUACUGCUCUCUGGUGGCCCUCUGCAGAGCUCUCGCUCAGUACUUGGUUUCCCUGCCCAAACUGCCUGCAGAAUUUCACAUCCAACAGGAAAAGGAAGUGGACUUUGUGAAGUUUAUGGUGCUCUGUGUUGAGGCGAUAUCUUGGCAUUUGGUACAUGAGCAAGUCCCACUGAGUAUGGAUCUGCAGGCUGUAAUUGACUAUUGCUGCCUGACUCUCCAGCAGCCGGCAUUGUGGAACCUUUUGGCUUCCUCAGAGUAUGUGACACACGCCUGUUCCCUAAUCAUGUGUGUAAGGUUCAUCCUCGAGGCAGUUGCAGUAGAACCAGGUGACCAGCUCCUCAGUCCAGAAAGGAGAAAGAACAAAAUGUCAGAAGAUUCAGAAGAAGACCAAGUAGAUUCCAGUGAGCAAAAACACGUGUUUAUCAAGACGGCCUGUGAAAUGAUGGCUGAAAUGGUAGAAUCCCUGCAGACCAUUCUAGUGUUUGGCCACCAAAAGAACAGAAACUUUUCAGCAUUUCUCACCCCUGUCUUUAGAAAUAUUAUCAUUAGCCUGGCACGGUUGCCUCUAGUCAAUAGUUACACCAGAGUUCCUCCUUUGGUCUGGAAACUUGGAUGGGCUCCGAAAUGGGGCGGAGAAUUUGGAACUUCUCUUCCUGAAAUCCCUGUAGAGUUCCUACAAGAAAAAGAAGUUUUUAGAGAGUUUAUCUACUGUAUUAAUACACUGGGAUGGACCAGUCGUACUCAGUUUGAGGAGACAUGGGCCACCCUUCUUGGAGUUCUGGUGACACAGCCAAUGGUAAUGGACCAAGACGAGAAUCAGCAAGAGGAAGACACAGAGAGGACCCAGAUCAAUGUCCUGGCAGUACAAGCCAUCACAUCUUUAGUCCUGAGCGCCAUGACCAUUACUGUAGCGGGCAACCCUGCCAUCAGUUUCCUAGAGCAGCAGCCAAGGAACAAGAGCCUGAAAGCACUGGACACAAGGUUUGGCAGGAAACUGAGCGUUGUUAGAGGAAUAGUAGAAGAGGAAAUACAAGCCAUGGUCUCUAAGAGGGAUAAUAUUGCAACUCACCACUCGUGCCAAGCGUGGGAUCCUGUUCCUUCCCUGUCUGCUCCAACAACAGGUACUCUGAUCAACCAAGAGAGGCUCUUGCUGCAGAUAAACACUGAGAGGGAGAUCGGGAACAUGAGCUAUAAAUUAGGGCAGGUCUCCAUUCAUUCCGUCUGGCUGGGGAAUAACAUCACCCCGCUGAGGCAAGAAGAGCUUGAUGAAGACGAGGAAGAUGAGAAUGAAAACCCUACUCCUUCCUCACCACCCAUGUCUCCAAUAAACUCCAGGAAACACCGGGCCGGUGUAGACAUACACUCUUGCUCCCAGUUCCUGUUAGAGCUGUACAGCCAGUGGAUCCUUCCCACCAACACAGGGAAAAAGACUCCAGCCAUUCUGAUCAGUGAGGUGGUGAGAUCGCUCCUGACGGUGUCUGAUUUAUUUACUGAGAGGAACCAGUUUGAGAUGAUGUACACAGCACUGACAGAGCUGCAGAAACAACACCCGUCGGAAGAUGAAAUUCUCAACCAGUAUCUGGUGCCGGCCAUCUGCAAAGCUGCCGCUGUGCUGGGAAUGGACAAAGUUAUUGCAGAGCCAGUGAGCCGGAUAAUAGAGACAACACUAAGAAGCACCCAUAUGCCGAGCCGUAUCGGAGCACUACAUGGGAUACUGUACAUCCUAGAGUGUGACCUGCUCGAUGACACCGCAAAGCAGCUCAUACCCGUCAUCAGCGACUAUCUGCUUUCCAACCUGAGAGGCAUAGCACACUGUGUGAAUCUGCAUAACCAGCAGCACGUCCUCGUUAUGUGCGCCACGGCAUUCUACUUAAUUGAGAACUAUCCCCUGGAUGUAGGACCAGAGUUCACGUCAGGAAUCAUACAGAUGUGCGGCGUGAUGGUCUCUGGGAGUGAAGAGUCUACGCCCUCCAUGGUGUACCACUGUGUCAUGCGAGGAUUGGAGCGCCUCCUACUGUCGGAGCAGCUGUCCCGGCUGGAUGGGGAAGCGCUAGUGAAACUGAGUGUGGACAGAGUGAAUAUGCACAGCCCUCACCGGGCAAUGACGGCACUAGGACUGAUGCUCACCUGCAUGUACACAGGAAAAGAGAAAAUCAGCCCAGGCCGCGCCACAGAGCCCAGUCCUGCAGCUCCAGACAGCGAGUCUGUCAUUGUAGCCAUGGAGAGAGUCUCUGUGCUGUUUGACAGGAUAAGGAAAGGAUUCCCCUUUGAAGCCCGGGUGGUAGCGAGGAUCCUUCCACAGUUUUUAGAUGAUUUCUUCCCCCCACAAGACGUGAUGAACAAGGUCAUCGGGGAGUUUUUAUCCAACCAGCAGCCCUACCCACAGUUCAUGGCGACGGUUGUUUACAAGGUGUUUCAGACAUUGCAUGCCACCGGGCAGUCGUCUAUGGUGCGUGAUUGGGUCAUGCUGUCUCUCUCCAACUUCACCCAGAGAACCCCCGUUGCCAUGGCCAUGUGGAGCCUUUCCUGCUUUUUUGUCAGUGCUUCCACCAGCAAGUGGAUUUCUGCCAUUCUCCCACACGUCAUUAGCAGAAUGGGAAAGUCGGAGCCGGUAGAUGUGAAUUUAUUUUGCCUGGUGGCCAUAGACUUCUACAAACAUCAGAUUGAUGAAGAACUGGACCGGAGAUCCUUCCAGUCAGUGUUUGAGCUGGUCGCCUCCCCCGGGAGCCCCUAUUACCGGCUGCUCUUGUGUUUACAGAACGUGCAUAAGAUCACUGUGUUCUGAUUGGGUCGGCAGUGAAUCCACCCUUGAGAACGCAUGCAUGGGCCUGAUAUCCCCGGCACAGAGGCUUCUGGGUAAUAAAAGACCCUCACCAAAUGGAAGUGGAGCUUCUGUAGCCGGGCACUUGGCACUCAUUCUGCACUGAAUGUUUUUGUAAAUACCUUCUGAUGAUAAAUUUGCUUUAUUAACGUGAGCGUAAAUAUCACACAUUGGCACAUUUAUGGUAGGGGCGGGUCUGUAACAUCGCAAAGCCACACUAAAAAUAAAGGACAACUACCAACUCAGUCCAACAAGCCAUUCAGUAGAUUCACUCGGCAUCUUUUGUGAGACCUUUGUAUCCGUCUGUCGCGUCUACUAGAGAUCUUGUGACGACGCCCAGUAGAGCGUUAGAUCUGUCACUUCCAACUUGAAUGGCAUAGAGAGAGAGAUCUGGUUAUGGGUGUUUGUGGGUGUGGCCUAAUGAUGGAACAUUGUAGGUUGUUUUUUUUUUUGUCCUUAGCAUCAGUGGGCGGGGACAUGCGCAAACCCAGCUCCGCACUAACCUUCCAAUUCCUCAUAAUUUGAGUAUUAUUAUACAAGGGAACGACAUUUAUCCUGGGACUUCUGUAGCAAAGGGACCCCCAAAAGACAAAAAGAUGUAAAACAAAUUUAUCGUAUUCCAACUAAUACAUAUUUUCAGUAUAUACAUUAGGGAUGUCCAAUCUGAAUCCCUCUAGCUGUUAUUAAUGGAAACCCUCCGAACAAAUUCAUGUUUUAUUGCUCCGGCGCCACCUGCUGUUCAUUUCUGCAGAUUGGACUCUGUCGGCUGAAAUUUGAGUUAUUGAAAACAGGAAAGUCCUGUGAUGUUAUUCAGCUUCCAUCUGACCAGAGAAAGUCAGGUGACCCUUCUCUGCCACUCACUGUAUUUUCUGGACAGAACGACAUCACAAGUUUUUUUUUCUCUAAAUUCAUUUCUUACUGACAACCAUCCUGUAAUAAGCAGUUCUCUACUCCUAUUUAGGUCCUGGCUAGGAACUUUAUGGGCGGAAAGGAAGGAACAGUUGGCCAUUUCUUAAUGCUAAAGGGUUAGACCAUUGGUUCCCCACUAUAGGGCUGGCCCCUCCUCAUUGGGGCUCGCAGUCUUGUUUUUCUUCUAGGUAUUCUGGAAGCCCAUCUUAAAGUCAAUCAGAGCAAAAGUUUGGCUGAUGGUUUGGUUUUAAAUAUAAAUGCAACUGUGGCUGAAAAAAAUCUUGUUGAAUGUUGGGCCUCCAAGGGGGGUGCCUGGACCUAUAAGUCAGAAACCCUUUGGGUAUAUUGUCAUCCUUAAGGAAGGUAACAGUUCAUUAUAUUUAUAUGCAGACAAAACCCUUUUACACUGGGGUUUUACUUGCCCUUUACUGUAAACUACAGGACUUGUGCCUGGUAUCUGAAUAACACAUGGGCACGUUUGGGGGCAGGCCAGGCAGAUGUAGGAUGUUUUACAGGUAGGAAAUUACUACAAAGUUUGCUGGGGAGCUGGUAAGGAUUUAGUUUCCAGAGUGACAUGGGCACUUUGACCAACAGCGCCCUCUGGUGGAGAAUAGCAGCAUUCCAACCCCCCUCCUGGCCACUUGUCAUGCUGCUCUUGCUGCUCAGUGAGAAAGUGGCCCCUAGCUCUGCUCCCAUCAGUAGCUGGCCAACCUGUAGUGUCAGAGGGAAGCAUAUGGCGCAGUCUCCUGGCAGUAACUGGUGGGACUGGAAGUGGUGGCAUUGCAGCCCAUUAAUGAGUAGUGUGGUGCAGUUAAUACUAUUUCCCACUGCACAUCCCUGUGUUGGAACCAUAGAAUGCAACCUGUUGUUGGCCCCAGCCUUCUGUAGAACCAUCCUAGCAAUGGGGGGAGUCAGUGGUGUCCCUGGGCAUCCCCCACAAAUUGGCCUGAGAAGAGAGUCCCCCCAAAGACAGGAGGAGGAGAACAGGAAAGGAGAAGGGGGCAGUAAGUGAGGAGCACAAAGCAAAAUCCCCCCUAGUUCUAUUAGUAUGAGGUUGGGUCAUUGCAUUUUUAAUCUAUAAAAUGCAGGUAAAGUUAUCAGGACAUUCUCUGGUUAUAUACCAGCUCCCUAAAGGAAUAUUCUGGGUGGGGAGGUUGAUUUCCCCUAUAGGGGGAGGAGACUGUGAGACUCACAACACAUAACUAACACGGGUGCACCAAACUCCAUACUUAAAUAUUUGUGUAUUUAGAAUAGUAUAUCUGUGUGUGUGUGAUUGUAUGGGGGCCACUGGGUGGAAAAAGUCCAGUGGGAAAAUAAAAACGACCCUUUCAUUGCCAGGCAGGGUAGAAUCCAUGUUUUCGGGUUUCCACUAGGCAGCUGUGGGUUCUCUGGCAACACGCGGCAUGCAAAGGGUUAAUGCUAAUAAUGCUAAUUACGAUGUUUGUGCUUUUGUUGUACCUACUCUGAACACUAAGACUGGCAAAUUUUCUAUUAUUUUUGUGAUCCUAUUUUUCCCUGUAUGAAUGGGCAACUGGAUUAUGUGUCCACUGUAACCCGCCAUUAGUGUGUCCAGUCCCGCCCACAUCUUAUGUUUCAGAUUCUGUGCCCCGCCCACUGAGUGCGCUCUACCAUAGGCAGCUGUGGUCUCCUUGCUGCUGCAAGUUGCCUUAUAAGCUGUUUAUUUGCCCCUCUCCUGCAGUCCUGAGCCUGACAAUGACCCCAAAAGCUUAUAUUUUUCAACAUUAGGCUCCUCCCAGUCCACGCCCAUGACAUGAGAAAUAUGCCCACAACAUACUUCAGCUUGGAACAGCGGGACGUGAGGCUCGGUACUAAUAUAUUGUGCAUUUCUGAUGUGACGCCUUUAGGAUGUGCAUGGGAUUCGCUUCAUCUCAGCCCGCUCCGUGCCCAUCAUUGGGGCCUCCUAUCACUUCUGUUGUUACCACUUUUGUUUUCUGCGCAACGUUACAGUAAGUGAAAGAGAAGCAUUCCGGGCCGCUCACAGACAAGUACUGAGUACUGUUACUCCUGUAUGGGUGCCAUGAUAGACUGACGUCUUGAGCCCUGUGUUCCCAAGGUGCAGAGAGGAGAGAUAUAUAUAUAUAUUUAGAUGUAUGUUUCAAUGAAAGAUUGCUGGUUAUAUUUCGUACAAUAUUAAAGGAGCAUUAAAUUAUCCAUUGUUUUACUCUUUA